UAACAACAUGGUCAUCAAUUGAUAAUAUAUUUAACUAUUGUAAUCCUACAUGGUCAUAUUAAGAAAACCUCUACUUAUAGCUAUGAGAAUUUCCAGUCCAGUUCACUUGUCCAAAACACACACUGAUAGUCUUUAGGGAGGUGGAAAAGAAAACUUAACACAGAAAUUCCGCGAUCAGCUUGUGAGAUAUGGAAUAUGAAGCUGGAAUACCAGAGAACAUUUGUAAAAAAGAAGAGAAUUUGCUAGGGGAAUUGUAUGCAAUAUCAGACAAACUGAAGACGGAGAGAGACAAGAAGGGGCAUACAUUAUCUGAGUUUGAAAGAACUGCAGAGGUUGAAAAUGUUAAGGAUCUGAUUAGAGGUAAUGAUGGAAGAACUGAGGGUGAAAUUUGUUAUGCAUCACCCUUAGUUUCCAAGGCUGUUGAAGAAAAUGGCAGUUCAUUGGAAGUCCAUGUGUCAGUCGAUACACCAAACAAGUCAGAUGAACAGAUGUCUGGGAGUUUAUUCCACCUGGGGGAGAAAACAGAAGACAAAAGAGCAGAAAUCAGCCCAAAUGAAUACCCAGAAAAUGCAAAAGAAUCAGCAACUAGCUUGGACAAGGAUGACAGAUGCAUGGCACAAGAACAAUCCAACGAAGAUUUGACAAAGACAAUCUCAAGUUGGAAUGUACAUAUGCCAAACUAUGAAGAGAGCUCCAUUGGACAUUUACGAGAGGAUACAGCAGAAAAAGAAGAAGUUUGUCACGAAGAUGACAGCACAGAGCAUGUACCUGCUACCGACAAGGGAAGAGACUCAUGUGAAACAAUCUUUGAAGGAAAAGAAGAAGACGUAACAAUGUCAUCCAUUUUAGAUAGUCAAGAUAUGGAUCCUGAGGCAACCAUCUCGUCUAAUGAUAAAGAGGAUGAAAACACAGAGAGACAGAAUAUCUUGAGUUGCAUCACUGGCAUUGUCUCUGCAGAAACAAAGAGUCCAAGUGAAGAGAGUGAAACGUCAUGUAAAACGAACAAUAUUGAGAAGAACACAUCUGUCCCCUUGACCGUCCGAGAAGCUGUUAGCUCUGCAAAAUAUAGAACAGAAGGGACGGACGCUGAAGCAAUCAAAUCACCUAGUGACACGAAGGAUGAGAAAGCAGUCAAAGAUGAGAAUGACUACGAUAGUGAUAAAAAUAUUUUCAACUCCCCCCAAUCAGAGUGCCAAACAGGAGAGGACGAGGAAAAAGAGACAAGAGAUGGAGAGAUACAUAGGAAUGUGCUUGUUAACCCAUUUGUUAAUGUUGUAGAAGAAACCAGGUUAGAUGAUGCUGAUUCAUGUACGAGUGGGAAACAUGGGAACAACUCAGUUGAGAAAGGAAUGCAAGAUGUUGCUGAUCAUCCAGAAGUAGAGGAAAAACCUGAAGAACUAGCAGUUGACGAAAAACAUGAAGAACCAAUGAUUGAAGAAAAACCUAAAGAGCCAGCAGUUACGGAGAAACAUGAAAAACCAGCAGUUGAGGAAAAAACUAAAGAACCAGCAGUUGAAGAAAAAACUGAAGAUCCAGUUGUAAAAGAGAAACUUGAAGAACCAGAGGUUGAGGAGAAAUUUGAAGAAUCAGCAAUUGAAGAGAAAUCUGAAGAAUCAGCGGUUACGGAGAAGCCUGAAGAACCAGCAGUUGAUAAAAAAACUGAAGAACCAACGGUUGAAGAGAAACUUGAAAAACCAGUGAUUGAGAAGACACUUGAAGAAUCAGCAAUUGAAGAGAAACCUAAAGAGCUAGUAGGGGAUGAAACACCUAAAGAACUAGCAGGUGAAGAGAAACUUGAAGAACUAGUUGUUGAAGAGAAAGAUGAAAAGACAGCAAUUGAAGAGGAGAAAACUGAAAUGGAAGCUCUUAAAGAGAAGAAUUUGCCACUUGCAGACACAAAGGACCAGAUAGACAAUGCAUUUCCAUGCAAUACCAACAACGCUAUUGCUGACCAUGCAUCAAUUGAGGCAAAACCUGAAGAACCAGAAAUUAAAGAGAGAUCUAGAGAAUCAGUGGUUACAGAGAAGCUUGAAGAACCAGCAUUUGAGAAAAAACCUGAAGAACCAGUGGGAGAGACACUUGAAGAAUCAUCGGUUGAGGAGACACUUGAAAAAACAGCAGUUGAAGAAAAACCUAAAGAGCUAGCAGGGGAACAAACACCUGAAGAACUAGCACUUGAAGAGAAACCUAAAGAUCCAAUGGUUGUUGAAGAGAAGGAUGAAAAAUCAGCAAUUGAAGAGGAGAAACCUGAAAUUGAAGCUCUUCAAGAGAAAAAUCUGUCAAUUGUAGACUCAAAGGACAAGAUAGACAAUGCAAUUCCAUGCAAAACCAACAACAAUAUUGUUGACUAUGCAUCAGUUGAGGAAAAACCGGAAGAACCAGUAAUUGAAGAGAAAUCUGAAGAAUCAGCGGUUAUGGAGAAUCCUGAAGAACCUGCAGUGGAGCACAGCCCUGAAGAACCGAUGAUUGAAAAGAAAAUUGAAAAACCAGCAGUGGGAGAGAAACUUGAGGAACCAGAUGUUGAGAAGACAUUUGAAGAAUCAGCAACUGAAGAGAAACCUAAAGAGCAAGUACUUGAAGAGAAACCUGCAGAACCAAUGGUUGAAGAGACACCUGAAGAACUAGUUGCUGAAGAGAAAGAUGAAAAACAAGAAAUUAAAGAGGAAAAACCUGAAAUGGAAGCACUUCAGGAGAAGAAUUUGUCAAUUGUAGACUCAAAGGACAAGACAGGCAAUGCAAUUCCAUGCAAUACAUACCAUGAUAUUGCUGACUAUGCAUCAGUUGAAGAAAAACCUGAAGAACCAGCAAUUGAAGAGAAAUCUGAAGAAUCACUGGUUAUGGAGAAGCCUGAAGAACCUGUUGAUGAGAAAAAACCAGAAGAACCAACGGUUGAACAGAAACUUGAAGAACCAGCGGUUGAGGAGACACUUGAAGAAUCAGCAGCUGAAGAAAAACCUAAAGAGCUAGGAGGGGACGAAACGCAUGAAGAACUAGCACUUGAAGAGAAACCUAAAGAACCAAUGGUUGUUGAAGAGAAAGAUGAAAAAACAGCAAUUGAAGAGGAGAAACUUGAAACGGAAGAUCUUCAGGAGAAGAAUUUGUCACUUGUAGGCUCAAAGAACAAGAUAGACAAUGCAAUUCCAUGCAAUAACAACAAUGAUAUUGUUGACUAUGCAUCAGUUGAGGAAAAACCUGACGAACCAGCAAUUGAAGAGAAAUAUGAAGAAUCAGCGGUUACAGAGAAUCCUGAAGAACCCACUGUUGAGAAAAAACCUGAAGAAUCGAUAGUUGAAGAGAAACUUGAAAAACCAAUAGUAGGGGAGAAACUUGCAGAACCAGAGGUUAAGGAAACACAUCAAGAAUCAGCAGUUGAAGAAAAACCUAAAGAGCUAGCACGGGAGGAAACACCUGAAGAACUAGGACUUCAAGAGAACCCUAAAGAGCCAAUGGUUGAAGAGAAACCUGAAGAAACAGCAAUUGAAGAGAAAAAUGAAGAAUCAACAGUUACGGAGAAGCCUGAAGAAUCCCUUGUUGAGAAAAAACCAGAAGAACUGAUGGUUGAACAGAAACUUUUAGAACCAGUGGUUGAGGAGACACUUGAAGAAUCAGCUGUUGAAGAAAAACCUAAAGAGCUAGCAGGGGAGGAAACACCUGAAGAACUAGCACUUGAAGAGAAACCUAAAGAACCAAUGAUUGUUGAAGAGAAAGAUGAAAAACCAGCAAUUGAAGAGGAGAAACCUGAAAAGGAAGAUCUUCAGGAGAAAAAUUUGUCAAUUGUGGACUCAAAGGACAAGAUAAACAAUGCACUUCCAUGCAAUACCAACAAUGAUAUUGUUGACUAUGCAUCAGUUGAGGAAAAACCUGAAGAACCAGCAAUUGAAGAGAAAUAUGAAGAAUCAGCGAUUACGGAGAAUCCUGAAGAACCCACAGUUGAGAAAAAACCUGAAGAACCGAUAGUUGAAGAGAAACUUCAAAAAACAACAGUGGAGGAGAAAAUUGCUGAACCAGAGGUUGAGGAGACACUUGAAGAAUCAUUAGUUGAAGAAAAACCUAAAGAGCUAGCACAGGAGGGAACACCUGAAGAACUACUACUUCAAGAGAACCCUAAAGAACCAAUGGUUGAAGAGACACCUGAAGAACUAGUUGUUGAGGAGAAAGAUGAAAAACUAGAAAUUGAAGAGGAGAAACCUGGAACGGGAGCUCUUCAGGAGAAUUUGUCAAUUGUAGACUCAAAAGACAAGACAGACAAUGCAAUUCCAUGCAAUACCAACAAUGAUAUCGCUGACUAUGCAUCAGUUGAGGAAAAACCUGAAGAACCAGCAAUUGAAGUGAAAUAUGAAGAAUCAGCGGUUACGGAGAAGCCUGAAGAACCCGUGGUUGAGAAUAAACCUGAAGAACCGACGGUUGAAGAGAAACUUGAAAAGCUAGAAGUCGUAGAGAAACUUGAAGAACCAGCGAUUGAGGAGACACUUGAAGAAUCAGCAGUUGAAGAAAAACCUAAAGAGCUAGCAGGGGAGGAAACACCUGAAGAACUAGCAGUUGAAGAGAAACCUAAAGAACCAAUGGUUGUUGAAGAGAAACAUGAAAAAUCAGCAAUUGAAGAGAAGAAACCUGAAACGGAAGAUCUUCAGGAGAAGAAUUUGUCACUUGUAGACUCAAAGGACAAGAUAGACAAUGCAAUUCCAUGCAAUACCAACAAUGAUAUUGUUGAUUUUGCAUCAGUUGAGGAAAAACCUGAAGAACCAGCAAUUGAAGAGAAAUAUGAAGAAUCGGCCGUUACGCAGAAUCCUGAAGAACCCACAGUUGAGAAAAAAACUGAAGAACCGAUAGUUGAAGAGAAACUUGAAAAAACAACAGUGGGGGAGAAACUUGCAGAACCAGAGGUUGAGGAGACACAUGAAGAAUCAGCAGUUGAAGAAAAACCUAAAGAGCUAGCACGGAAGGAAAAACCUGAAGAACUAGCACUUCAAGAGAACCCUAAAGAACCAAUGGUUGAAGAAACACUUGAAGAACUAGUUGUUGAGGAGAAAGAGGAAAAACAAGAAAUUGAAGAGGAGAAACCUCAAAUGGAAGCUCUUCAGGAGAAGAAUUUGUCAAUUGUAGACUCAAAGGACAAGACAGGCAAUGCAAUUCCAUGCCAUGCCAACCAUGAUAUUGCUGACUAUGCAUCACUUGAGGAAAAACCUGAAGAACCUGCAAUUGAUGAGAAAUCUGAAGAAUCAGAGGUCACGGAGAAGCCUGAAGAAGCCGUUGUUGAGAAAAAACCAGAAGAACCAAUGGUUGAACAGAAACUUGAAGAACCAGCGAUUAAGGAGACACUUGAAGAAUCAGCAGCUGAAGAAAAACCUAAAGAGCUAGGAGGGGACGAAACACAUGAAGAUCUAGCACUUGAAGAGAAACCUAAAGAACCAAUGGUUGUUGAAGAGAAAGAUGAAAAAACAGCAAUUGAAGAGGAGAAACUUGAAACGGGAGAUCUUCAGGAGAAGAAUUUGUCAAUUGUAGACUCAAAGGACAAGAUAGGCAAUGCAAUUCCAUGCAAUACCAACAAUGAUAUUGUUGACGAUGCAUCAGUUGAAGAAAAACCUGAAGAACCAGCAAUUGAAGAGAAAUAUGAAGAAACAGCGGUUACGGACAAUCCUGAAGAACCCACUGUUGAGAAAAAACCGAAAGAACCGAUAGUUGAAGAGAAACUUGAAAAACCAACAGUAGGGGAGAAACUUGCAGAACCAGAGAUUAAGGAGACACAUCAAGAAUCAGCAGUUGAAGAAAAACCUAAAGAGCUAGCACGGGAGGAAAAACCUGAAGAACUAGCACUUCAAGAGAACCCUAAAGAGCCAAUGGUUGAAGAGAAACCUGAAGAACCAGCAAUUGAAGAUAAAUAUGAAGAAUCAGCAGUUACGGAGAAGCCUGAUGAACCCCUUGUUGAGAAAAAACCAGAAGAACCAAUGGUUGAACAGAAACUUGAAGAAUCAGCUGUUGAAGAAAAACCUAAAGAGCUAGCAGGGGAAGAAACACAUGAAGAACUAGCACUUGAAGAGAAACCUAAAGAACCAAUGGUUGUUGAAGAGAAAGAUGAAAAAACAGCAAUUGAAAAGGAGAAACUUGGAACAGAAGAUCUUCAGGAGAAGAAUUUAUCAAUUGUAGACUCAAAGGACAAGACAGACAAUGCAAUUCCCUGCAAUACCAACAAUGAUAUUGCUGACUAUGCAUCAGUUGAGGAAAACCCUGAAGAACCAGCAAUUGAAGAGAAAUCUGAAGAAUCAGCGGUCACGGAGAAGCCUGAAGAGCCCAUUGUUGAGAAAAAACCAGAAGAUCCGACGGUUGAACAGAAACUUGAAGAACCAGCGGUUGAGGAGACACUUGAAGAAUCAGCAGCUGAAGAAAACCCUAAAGAGCUCGCAGGGGAGGAUACACCUGAAGAACUAGCACUUGAAAAGAAACCCAAAGAACCAAUGGUUGUUGAAGAGAAAGAUGAAAAACCAGCAAUUGAAAAGGAGAAACCUGAAACGGAAGAUCUUCAGGAGAAGAAUGUGCUAGUUGCAGACUCAAACGACAAAACUGGUAGUGAAAUUUCAUGCAAUACCAAUAAUGAUGAUGCUCACUUUCUAGAAGUUGUCGGAAACCUUCAAAAAUCAGCAGUUGAAGAAAAACUUGAAGAACUAGUUAUUGAAGAAAAAUCUGAUGUACCAGCGAUUAAGGAGAAAUCUAAAGAACCAAUGGUUGAUGAUAAAUCUAAAGUACCAGUUGAGGAGAAACCCCAAGAACCAGUGGCUGAAGAGAAACCUGAAGAGCUAGCAGGGGAGGAAACACCUGAAGAGCUAGCACUUGAAGAGAAACCUAAAGAACCAACGGUUGAAGAGAUACCUGAAGAACUAGUUGUUGAAGAGAAAGAUGAAAAACUAGAAAUUGAAGAGGAGAAACCUGAUACAGAUGCUCUUCAGGAGAAGAAUUUGCCAAUUGUAGACUCCAAGGGAAAAACAAACAAUGCAAUUCCAUGCAAUACCAACAAUGAUACUGCUGACUAUGCAUCAGUUGAGGAAAAACCUGAAGAAGCAAUAGUUGAAAAAAAACAUGAAGAACCAGCAAUUAAAGAGAAAUCUGAAGAAUCAGUGGUUACGGAAAAGCAUGAAGAACCAGCGGUUGAGAAACAACCCGAAGAACCAGCAAUUGAAGAGAAAUCUGAAAAACCAGCAAUGGGAGAGAAUCUUGAAGAGCCAUCAGUUGAGGAAACAUUCGAAGAACCAACAGUUGAAGAGAAACCUGAAAAAACAGUAAUUGCAGAAGCACCAAAUGAACUAACAUUUGAAGAUAAACCUGAAGAACCAGCAGUCGAAGAGGAGAAACUUGAAAAGAAUAUGCGAGUUGUAGACUCGAAUUACAAAAUUGGAAAUGAAAUUCCAUGCAAUACCAACAAUGAUGCUGCUCACUUUCAAGAAGUUGAGAGAACCCCUGAAGAACCAGCAGUUGUAGGAAAACCUGAAGAACCAGUUAUUGAAGAGAAACUUGAUGUGCCUGCAAUUAAGGGAAAACCUGAAGAACCAGCAGUUGAGGUGAAAUCUGAAGAAUCAGUUGAGGAGAAACCUCAAGAACCAAUGGCCGAAGAGAAAGCUGAAGAACCUGUAGCUAAAGAAACACCUGAAAAGCUAGCAGGGGAGGAAACACAUGAAGAACUAGCACUUGAAGAGAAACUUGAAGAACCAAUGGUUGAAAAGACACCUGAAGAACCAGCAAUUGAAGAGGAGAAACCUAAAAAGGUAACUCCUUUGGAAAAGAAUAUGCUAGGUGUAGACUCGAACGAAAAAGCUGGCAGUGAAAUUCCAUGUGAUACCAAUAAUGAUGCUGCUCACUUUCCAGAAGUUGAGGAAAAUCGUGAAGAAUCAGCAGUUGACGAAAAACUUGAAGAACCGGGUAUUGAAGAGAAACCUGAUUUAUCAGCGAUUAAGGAGAAACCUGAAGGACCAACGGUUGAGGAGAAAUCUGAAGUACCAGUUGAAGAGAAACCUCAAGAACUGGCAGCUGAAGAGAAAUCUGAAAAACCAGCAGCUAAAGAAACACCUAAAGAGCUAGCAGAGGAGGAAACACCUGAAGACCUAGCACUUGAAGAGAAACCUGAAGAACCAACGGUUGAAGAGACACCUGAAGAACUAGUUGUCGAAGAGAAAUAUGAAAACCCAGCAAUUGGAGGGGAGAAACCUGAAACGGAAGUUCUUCUGGAGAAGAAUUUGCCAAUUGUAGACUCAAAGGACAAGAGAGACAAUACAAUUCCAUGCAAUACCAACACUGAUAUUGCUGACUAUGCAUCAGUUGAGGGAAAACCUCAAGAGCCAAUAGUUGAAAAAGAACAUGAAGAAUCAGCAGUUAUGGAGAAGCCUGAAGAACCAAAGGUUAAGAAAAAACCUGAAGAACCGACAGUUGAAGAGAAACCUGAAAAACCAACAGUGGAGGAGACACUUGAAGAACAAUCGGCGGAGGAGAAAUUUGAAGAACCAACAGUUGAGGAGAAAUCUGAAAAAUCAAUAACUAAAGAAACACCUGAAGAACCAUCACGGGAAGAAACACCUAAUGACCUAGCAUUUGAAGAGAAACCUGAAGAACCAGUACUUGAAAAGGUAACUCUUUUGGAAAAGAAUAUGCUAGUUCUAGACUCGGAGGACAAAACAGACAGUGAAAUUCCAUGCAGUACCAACAAUGAUGCUCCUCACUUUCCAAAAGUUGAGAAAAAACCUGAAGAACCAGCCGUUGUAGAAAAACCUGAAGAACCAGUUAUUGAAGAGAAACUUGGUGUACCAGCAGCUGAGGAGAAACCUGAAGAACCACCAGUUGAGGAGAAAUCUGAAGAACUAGUUGAGGAGAAACCUCAAGAACCAGUGGUUGAAGAGAAACUUGAAGAACUAACAGCUAAAGAAACAGCUGAAAAGCUAGCAGGCAAGGAAAUACCUGAAGAACUAGCACUUGAAGAGGAGAAACCAGAUACGGAAGCUCUCCUAGAGAAGAGUAUGCCAAUUAUAGACUCAAAGGACAAGAUUGACAGUGGAAUUCCAGGCAAUUCCAACACUGAUGUUGUUGAUUAUCCAAGAGUUGAAGAUAAAGCUGAAGAACCGGUAGUUGAAGAAAAUCAUGAACAAGUAAUUGAAGAGAAACCAGAAGAAUCAGCAAUUGAGGAAAAAGAUGAUGAACUAGCAGUGGAAGAGAAACUUGAAGAACCAGCAGUGAAAAAAGAACCUGAAGAACCAAUUGUCCAGGAGAAACUUGAAGAACCAACAGUUGAAGAGAAAUCUGAAGAACCAGUAGUUGAAGAAACUUGAAGAACCAACACAUGGAAAGAAACACCUGAAGAACUAGCAUCUGAAGAGAAACCUGAAGAACCAGCAGUUGAAGAAACACCUAAAGAUCUAGCAGUUGAAAAGAACCUUGAAAAACUAGCAGUCGAAGAGAAA